CACGCCCAGGGGCAGGGCGGUCCCGCCCCCGAUGAGCUCAGCGCUGCGGCGCGGCGCGCAGGGGCGGGCGGGCCUCCGCUGCCAUGCGGAGCCGGCCGGGCCCUGGCGAGGGCGGUGGCGGCGCAGGGCCCUGCCUAGGCCGCGGCGGGGCCCAAUGGGCUGGGGGCACCCUGCGGGCCCGCGGGGGUAAGGCCGGGUCGGGCCGGGUCCGCCCCCCCCCGCCGCCAUGUACACCUUCGUGGUGCGGGACGAGAACAGCAGCGUCUACGCCGAGGUGUCCCGGGUCCUCCUGGCCACCGGGCACUGGCGGCGCCUCAGGAAGGACAACCCCCGCUUCAACCUCAUGCUGGGCGAGAGGAACCGGCUCCCCUUCGGCCGGCUCGGCCAUGAACCCGGACUUGUGCAGCUGGUGAAUUACUACAGGGGAGCAGACAAGCUGUGCCGCAAAGCGUCUCUGGUGAAGCUAAUCAAGACGAGCCCUGAACUGUCAGAGUCCUGCACGUGGUUCCCUGAGUCAUAUGUGAUAUACCCAACAAACCUGAAGACCCCUGUGGCUCCAGCACAGAAUGGAAUUCGUCAUCUCAUAAACAACACACGGACAGAUGAGCGUGAAGUGUUCCUGGCAGCUUACAACAGGCGGCGGGAAGGCAGAGAAGGCAAUGUGUGGAUCGCCAAGUCCUCAGCUGGUGCCAAAGGGGAAGGGAUCCUGAUUUCUUCAGAAGCUGCAGAGCUCCUGGACUUCAUCGAUGAGCAGGGACAAGUGCAUGUGAUUCAGAAAUAUCUAGAGAAGCCUCUGCUUCUGGAGCCAGGGCAUCGCAAGUUUGACAUCAGGAGCUGGGUUCUCGUGGAUCAUCAAUAUAAUAUCUACCUCUACAGAGAGGGUGUCCUGCGGACCUCUUCCGAACCAUAUAACAGUGCUGAUUUCCAGGACAAAACCUGCCACUUGACCAAUCACUGCAUUCAAAAGGAAUAUUCCCAAAACUAUGGGCGGUAUGAGGAAGGGAACGAAAUGUUCUUCGAGGAGUUCAACCAGUACCUGAUGGAUGCCCUGAACACGACACUUGAGAAUAGCAUCUUACUGCAAAUCAAACACAUAAUAAGGAAGCUGUAUGCAGAGCUCUGCCAAGGAAUUGUGGAUGUAGCCAUCUGUAGUGUUUUCCCCCUCAGUGACACUGGGCAGAAGAUGAGCCAGCCAUCGAUAUUUAUCAAGCUGUGAUGACAACAGGAACAUUUCUGCUGAGUACAGAGAGAGACUGCACCCACUGGGUCAGAGCAGUUCGACGGCUUAUUUCAGUAUCAUGCCAAAAAGGGAUAGAGACAGGCUGCUGCUGCUGCUGCUGCUUCUUCUUCUUUUUUUUGGGGGGGGGAAAUCAUGGGGAAAACCAACAAAACAGAGCUCCCAUGCAGAGCUGGGACGAGCCAAAACUGCUCAGACAACUCUGUCUGCAUUCACCAAAAUUCACUUUAGAAACAGCUCAUGUGACUUUGAUAUCUGAAACAAAUCUCUCUGGGAGAACAGCAAAAUUACCUUAAAAUGAAACCUCAACAGGGAUACAACAAUACUGUAUUAGCUCAUCCUUUUCUAUAGAGAAACACUGUUUUUUUAAGGCAAUUGAGCAGAGUACAAUGAUCGUCUGGGGUGUCAUGGCUGGGAAGUUGUCCUCCUCCCACUGUGUUUCUUCUUUCCUCACCUACUGCAUCGUUAGUGCCUUAGCUCAGCUCCAAAUAGGUGACUCCUUUCCUUUGUUCCUGCUCUAUUAUGUAAAAAGGAACAAGCUCUCUUGCAUCACAGGAUGCAUAAAACCAGGAACAUUGAGAAUUUGGUCUCCUUAGGUCAUUUUCCAAGCUGGCUGGCUGAGCACCCAGGCAACGACUGAAUGAAAGGGUGCUGAACUGCAGGUGGUGAAUUAACCCAAGCAAUGAAGGCAAUUUUUUUAUUUAUAGUUAUCCCUUUUCCUAAUGAGAUUUGAAUCAGUUUCCAUCCAAGUCUAAUGCAGUUAGAUCCAAUUUAAAAAAGGUAGAGAGACCCCCCCAGUGCUGUCAUGCAAGCUGUAGGAUUUCUAGCAUUGCUGUCUUGCUGGGAGUGUUUCAAGCGACAGAAACCCAGUCUCCUCAGAAAGCUUCUUUGGAGACGCUGCAGUGAAUAUAGGCUCUUCUCUCAGCUUCCACCUUAAUACACUUGAGACUCAAAUAUAAAACCUUUCAGCCCUACCAAUUUUUAUUCCUUUUGAUCCAGCCAAUUUUAUUCUCCUCUGUUCAAGAAGUAUUGUGUUUUUCUACCCUGAACAGAGUCUGCUGCUCUGUCCCACCUGGGGGGCAGAUGUGUAAGGUUUUGUAGACCAAGAGAGAGCCUGCUUGUGUAUAGGUUUGCCCCACAGCUGGGACAGGCAGGCAUUUUGGGGGGGAAGGGGUAAAAUUCCUUGAGGUCCCUGAAUUUCAAACUAACAUCUGUUUUGAGUGUAACCUAAAUUCCUGGACUACUCUGUUUACCUGAAUUUUUAGCCUAAGCCCAGGGCGUGCGUCCCUCCUAAGCCUGGGUUCUUUGCAGAGCGCAGUGGCAUUCAAAACAGCAGCUGGUUUUGCUAGGUGGUGCGUGGCCUGCGCUGUGUCCCAAAUUUUCCGAACAGAGGCGCAAAGUUUAACAAGUCUCAGGAGGCUGCAGCAAUGUCUGCAAAGAAAUGAGUGCUCGCAGGCUCCGCAUUAAAGUCGGGGUUGUACAUCAGUGCUACUGAGUUUGGAGUUUCUUUACACACAUUGCACGCGAUGUGGGGAUGUACCUUAGCUCUGAGGUUACAUGAUUUAAACAUGGUUAAGCACAGAUUACAAAUAAGCACCUGUGUGAGCAACACAGAACUACUGCCCAACAUGGUAGGAAAGAGAUGGGUUGUUUGAUUGAGACUCCCUCCAACACUGCAUAGGAAAGCAUCAUGGAAAAUUGAAGCUUUGGGAAUUUUAAUUGCAGCAGGAGAGUAGGCUGUGCUGCUGAGGUCAGGGCCAUGAUCUGCUGCCUCUGGCAAGGAGAGAUGGUUGGCAAUGAAGUAAAACAGACCUGGUUCAUGUUACCCAAAGGAAACAAACAACAAGAGAUCAUGGAGGUUACAAGCUUCUGGCUGCCUGUGUUUAAUGGGAAGUGAAUCAAGCAGUGCGAUUUCUGCCUCUCACAAACGAUCCCAGCACUUUGACAUACUCACCUUUGCUCGUGACUGAGAUUUCACAGAUCUUCCUGCCAGCGUAGAGCUCUGUAAGCAAAGGAUCCUGCCACCUUUCUGUAUGCAGGACUGAAGGAUCCGCCCCUCCUCGGAGUGAUAGAUUUUGAUUGUGCUGUACCUGGAUGGAAAUUCAUUGCAACAUGCUAUGAACAGAGUGCUUAGCAAAACCCAAAAGAGGUGUUGCAGAGAGGAAGCAUCCCAAAAGGCCAGGCAAGCAUGUCGUAAACACUCUGAAGUGCUGCAUGGACUGGAGUCUGCGUGGUGUGUGGUAGACACAAGGUGCGCUGGAGUUGGAAAGCGGUUCAGUUGCUGCACGCUGGGAAGCAACAAGAAGUGAUAGCCGCGUGCAAAUGGGGCAUCUGCUUUGUUUCUCCAGGCUGUGCGCAAAGGAGGCCUGGACUCCAAGUGCUGGUGGGUGGAUUUGUUUCCAGCAAUGCCCCGAACACCAGAUUCAGUCUCUGGCUUUGCUGGACCUUCUGUGUUUUCGGAGGAGGGAUUGUGAACUCUUUGGUUUAUGAGCCAGGAAGUGGUGGGGAAAUGGUGGGUCAUAAGCUGGGAGAAGGUGGGUAUGAGGGAAGGACUGUCUGGGUGUCCUAACCUCAUGAUAACACACAGGUGUUAAAAUUACCCUGCAGACCAGAUAAAGCAUAGUGUUAACACUUCUAGGUAAAAUGUAGGCUGUAGCAGGUGUUUAAUUUGACUCGCAGAGCUACCAGCUCACUAGGUCUCCACAGACAUUUUCACAUAGUAGCUAAUGUGAUCUUAAACAUACACCUUUUUUUCCCAGCAAAGGCAAGAUCUAAUAGCAAUAGCUUUGGUCCAGAAUGUACCUGAGCAGACAUUGAACUCUCACAAGCUCUACACCAGACCAGACCAGAGCUUCUCAGGUGUGAAGUGAGAAAACUUUACCCAUCGUAAAGAAAUGAAAAAUCCCUCGGGUGCUAGACCCCUCUUUAUUUUCCCUUCGCUGUGAAUUCAGAAAUCAAAACACUCCCUUCCUUAGUGUACAUAACAUUAGAUCCCUGCCAACAUAGCGGGAUAAGGCUAGGAAAGCAGCCUGGAUGCAGGGAAAAGCAGCAUCUUUUAUCAGCACAGCGAAUACAGGCAGGAAGAGCAGUGACUGAGGAACCUCUACAUAAUUCCAAGGCCUUUUUUUCCCCCCUUUUCACCUUGGGUUGCAUUGAGAUACUUUCCCAACUGGCUAUUUCUGCUGCUCAACUAAAAGUAGGGCUUCAACUCAAUGGUGAAGCAAUGGCCAUAGGCGAUGCAGUUUUUCAUAGCCUGCCUUUUCAGCUGGGUUUUGGGGGAGAUAGUGAUUCAGGGACUCUUUAAUCAUUGGUUUGUUUGCUGAAUUCUUUAGAAAUAAGCAACAGCCUCUGGAGGAAAACACUGGGUACCAUCUCCCCUCAAAGUGCUCUCCCAAGAGGUAAAUGCUAAAGGAUGGCAAGCACGGUGCUUAGGGUUUUGCCCAAUUUAUUAUUUAUUCAGUGGAGCAGAGAACAAUAUGGAUAUGGCUGAGGCCUGAGCAUUGCAACCAUGGGUGCGCCUUGUAAGUAAUGCUCGCAAACUUUUCUUUUUUAGGAAAAAAUGCAAAAAUAAAUGUUUUCUAGCUUAAUUCAACCAAAAGGGCAAUCAGCAAGAAAAGGUCUUACUCUCUUUCCUAAGCUUUCACAGAGGAUGGUGCUGGGUUUCAGGAAGAUCCCUUCCAUAGUCUUAGCAGUCGUAUCCCAUUAGUCCAGCCAUAAAGGAUUUCAGACCCGGAUGCUCUGACUGUGUUUUCCAGCAGGGUCUGGUCCAGCUGGAGCCUGGGUUUCGGUUAACUCCCAUAUGGCUUCUCUCAUACCAGGUUAAUGGUGACUGCCAAGCAACAGCUCUCGCACUCCCACCGAAAUCCUGUGGCCAGCCACAGCCUGCGGAAAACCCAGGGGUUGUCCGAAAGGCUCGAAAGCAGCUUCGUCCAGGUUGUCCAGCUCCUGUGCCCUGCUGUAAUCAAAGCCCUUUGGAACUACUUGCAUGUCUCUGGUCCAAGCAUUUCUUGUUCUUCGAGUGCUGCUCUCCACUAGGAGAGCAAUGCCGUGCUGUAAGUUAAUAAUUGUGUGUCAUUAUCAGUGUCAGCUACAAUACUCCACAGAAAACCAUGGCCUUGAAAGGAUUGGAGGCCGUCACUGGGGCAGACAUACAGAGCUCCUGGACUCAUGGUUCCUGGGCUCUAGUUUGUGUUUCCAAAGUGCUCUUGCAUGAGCGUGUGUGUACACAGCUGGCAGGACCCUGAGCAGUGCGUGGUUCUCCAGUGUUUGUAUUCAGAUCUGUCCUAAACCACCAUUAAAAAGAGCAAAUCUCA